AUGGCGCAAGCCCAGAAGUGCGUCCACAAGGGAUGCGGGAAGGUCUUCACGGAUCCGGACGAGGAAUGCACAUAUCAUCCUGGACCUCCAGAGUUCCACGAAGGACAGAAAGGCUGGAUGUGCUGCAAACCCCGCGUUCUCACCUUCGACGAGUUCCUCUCCAUCCCACCCUGCACAAAGGGCAAGCACUCAGCUGUAGACGACACGCCCGCGCCAGCCCCCAAAGCCGAAGCUCUGAAAGCAUCGAAUAUUGUCGCCGCCGCUCCCCUACCUGCCCCCGUGCCCGUUACUCGAGCCUUAGCAUCUAGUCUCGCAGCCGCUCAACAGCCCACACCGUCGGCGACGCCGAAACCGGAACCUCCCGAAGACGAAUCCGACGACCCAGACGCCGAGAUUCCCCCCAAGGCGACAUGUAAGAGACGAGGUUGUGGGAAGUUGAGGGACGAAAAAGUCCCGCGGGACGAGGAGGAGUGCGUAUAUCAUCCGGGCGUACCUCUUUUCCACGAGGGCAGUAAGGGAUGGACGUGUUGUAAGCGACGGGUGCUCGAGUUUGACGAGUUCAUGAAGAUCGAGGGCUGCAAGACCAAAAAGCGGCACUGCUACGUGGGCAAGCCGAAGAAGAAAGAAGGAGGCGCCGCAGCAGUCGACGGAGAAAGCGCGGCCGCCGACACCGAAGAGGAACCCUUGGAGAACGUCCGCAACGACUUCUACCAGACGCCCAACAGCGUCAUCGUCAGUUUCUACCUCAAGAAGAUCGACAAGGACAGGGCCAAGGUCGACUUCAAGCACGACGGCCUGUCGGUGGACCUGGACCUGCCCACGCAGGAUGGCAAGAGGUUCACGAGGAAUAUCCCGCUCUUCGCGCGGGUCGACCCGGCAAAGAGCCAGUACAAGAUCAUGGGCACGAAGCUGGAGAUGAACUUGGUCAAGACGGACGGCUCUAUCAGCUGGGCGACGUUGAGGAGCGACGAGAAGGGGACUGGCGAGAGGAUCCAGUUGGGACGCGCUGGCCGAUUGGAGCGCAGUUGA